AACAUAAUCCGAUAAUAUUGAAUAAACAGUGAAGUAUAAGUGUGUUUGCUCUAACUAAAAACCAGAAGUCUACAUAUAUAAAAAUUGUGUUAAUUCAACAUUUUCAGAAGUGUUCAAAAUCAUAUUUCGUUUCCAAUACCCGCUGUACGCAUGUUGAUGAUCUCAGGUCUACGGAAUCUAGUGAAUUGCAAAUCAAAUAUAAAAAUAUGUCGCAAUUAAUGGAUUCUGAACAUUUAUAACUGAGCAAAAGUGCUGAAAGUCACGGCUGAAUUGAUUUAAAGUUUAUAUAAAAAUAAACAAAAACGACGUUGAACUUGGAAAAUUUUGGGACGCCAUAUUUAUUUUAGCGUAUUCCUUAUACGAAGGUCAUUUCCACACACACACGCACACUCGCACACACAAUAUAUAUAUAUAUUGUGUACACAUAUGAAUAAAUUUGUAUGUGAUACAAAGUUAUACAACAAAUAAACAAAGAAGAAAAAGUAAAAAGUGCGUUUGCAGGAGCAAAAAAGCAAACAAAAUCUAAAAACAAAACAAGUCGAAAGAGCAAAUCAAAUUUGAACAAUAUUUUUUUUGGUGCAGAGUGUAAUGCUAAUGAGACCGUGCCAAUUGCAGCAGAUCUACAAAAUCGAGAAAAAAGUGGCCGUUAAGAAAAGAAUUAUAGUUCAUCCGGGUACCAUGUUUAGAAACUGCAAACUCCUCCAUACGAUUACUUUCUGGGCAAUGCAUGGAUCAAGAGCAAAUCAGACGCGAAACAUUACAACGCCGAUAUUUACAAUAAGACCGCAUUGCGCCUAAUUUGCUUUCAUUUCAUUUCAACAAUCCACACACAUAUAUAUUUGUCUGAUUUGGAUUAUAUACAACUCAACCCAAUCAUCAUCAUCAACAUCAUCGCCUGUGUUGGUGUGAGAUUGAGCAAAUUGAUUUGUCCAUUAAUUUAAAACACAUUAGCCCGGAUCUGAUUAUUGCCCCUUGAGAUUUUCGACGGGCAGGCGGCAAAAUGAAGCUGUUGGAGAGCUCUCGUUUCGAGGCCAUCAACAAUGCCAUUUCCAUUCAAACUGGAGGCAUCACCAUUUUUGGACGCAUCGAAAGCUAUUCGUGCAAAAUGGUUGCAGCGGAGAAGGUGUUGUACAAGCGCUUUACGGCAGAGACACACGGACAUGAUCUGCAAGCGUUGUCGCCACCGCAAACUCUGUCGGAUCUGUCGCCCAAUUUUCAUCGGAACAACAGUCAGUCCGGCGAUGAGGGCGUCAUCCUCUGUGACACGAUCUCACGUAAAACUCUCUUCUAUUUGAUUGCAACUCUAAAUGCCUCGUUCGAGCCGGAUUAUGAUUUCUCGGAUGCAAAGUCGCACGAGUUUAGCAAGGAGCCUUCUUUGCCCUGGGUCAUGAAUUCGGUUCAUUCAAAUUUAUCGGCCUUAGCUGGGGAUCAGUAUCAGGUUUUGCGCCAGCCCCUGUGGUCUGCUGUUGAUGAUGAGGUUAAUCUAUCGGAAUGCGAUAUAUAUAGCUAUAAUCCGGACUUGAGCUCGGACCCAUUUGGCGAGCCCGGUUGCUUGUGGUCGUUUAACUAUUUCUUCUACAAUAAGAAGCUAAAGCGCAUCGUCUUCUUCACCAGUCGUGCCGUAAAUUCGCUUUAUGCUGGGGAGACAUCCGAUUUUUCAAUGGAAGAGGAUCUAUACUAAUCAAUUGUAGUUCUUGGAUCAUUUUUUCAUUAUGCUCAUUUUAUGCAAAUGCAUAUAAAUAAUAUAAAUUUUUUUUAAAUA